GUACUUGAGCUGGGGAAGCGAAGUGACAAAGACCUCGAGGAACUGGUGGAGGGGCAAAACGCCGCCGUCGUCGUGACCUCCGAGGGCAGCGUACGGGUGCCCCGGCCAAGCCAGCCCGUCGCAGUCGCAGGCCCUGUGCUGGGGCCGGGUAACCUCCCACGCACGGAGGAGGACGUAGCCAAGUUGAUACUGGAGCACGACAACACUCCGGUAGAAGAGCUCCGGAGGUUUGUCCUCCUUGGGGCCGUGUCAGGCGCGUUGCUUGGCUUCUUCGGUGUUGGUCCGGCGUGGAUAUUGGCACCGAUCCUGACGCGCACGUCUCCAGAAUGGGCGCAGAUAGCGGCCACGGCUACAGGCCGGGAGGACCAAACCAAGUACGCAGACACGCAGUUCAUGCCGCCCGUACAGAGAGACGAG